CUGCACCUACUUCUGAGUUUUGUGUCAUCAAAGAUGGCGAUUUGCUGAGUGCUCAUGGACACAUCUCAUGGUCAUGGAUAAAUAUUAUCUUGCUUGAACUUGUGGUUAUAUUUGGGGUUUAAUGUCAUUUCUGUUUUACUUUUGAAUAUUUUAAAACACAGCUGUAAUUGAAGCGCAAGGGGAAAACAGCGUUAGCUACCGCAACAAUGCAAAUCACGUUAAAAACACUGCAACAGCAGACCAUUCAAAUUGACAUAGACCCAGAUCAAACGGUGAAGGCACUGAAGGAGAAGAUAGAAGCAGAGAGGGGAAAAGAUAACUUCCCAGUGUCUGGACAGAAGCUCAUAUAUGCUGGCAAAAUCCUGCAAGAUGACACGCCUAUUAAAGACUACAAAAUUGACGAGAAGAAUUUUGUUGUAGUUAUGGUAUCUAAGGCAAAGUCUGCCACAGCUGCUUCAACACCUUCCUCAGAGGCACCCAAGGCCCCUGUCCAGGACUCUGGGUCCUCGUCGUCUGCCGGCCCGGCCCUUGCAGCCAUCCCUAUCCCCUCAGAGGAGCCCACACCUACAGUCGCAGAGCCCCCAGCUCCAGCCAGCUCAGACCCCAGUCUGGAGGUUCAGGGGGGAGAUGCCUCCUCUGCCUUGGUGACAGGAGCGGAGUAUGAGACCAUGCUGACAGAGAUCAUGUCUAUGGGUUAUGAGAGGGAGAGAGUGGUAGCUGCUCUCCGGGCCAGCUUCAAUAACCCCCAUCGGGCCGUGGAGUACCUCCUCACUGGCAUUCCUAGCAGUCCGGUCCAAGAGACUAAUCCCCCAGCACAGCUUCCUGCAUCUGCCCGCACAGGCACAGAGACCCCUACUGUUGCUGAGGGAGAAAACCCUCUGGAGUUCCUGCGUUCCCAGCCUCAGUUCCAGAGCAUGAGGCAGGUGAUCCAGCAGAACCCCUCACUGCUGCCAGCUCUGCUCCAACAGCUGGGCCGGGAGAACCCACAGCUCCUACAGCAAAUCAGCCAGUACCAGGAGCUGUUCAUCCAGAUGCUGAAUGAGCCGGCGGGGGAGGUAGGAGACGUGCCUGGGGUGGGGGACCUGGGUGCUGCAGUGGAGGAGGGAGCUCCAGUCAACUACAUUCAGGUCACGCCUCAGGAGAAGGAAGCCAUCGAGAGGUUAAAAGCGUUGGGUUUCCCUGAGGCGCUGGUGAUCCAGGCCUACUUUGCCUGUGAAAAGAACGAGAACCUAGCGGCCAACUUCCUCCUGAACCAGGGCUUUGAGGAUGAAUGAGAGGCGCUGGCCUGUCCUCCUCUCCAGCCCAGCACAAGGACUGCACCCCACUGUAGAGCAACGAUCUUCAGGUCAUUUCAGAGGGGGGGAGGGAGAGUUAUUGGUGGGAGGUCUUACAAGCUACACAAUGUAUAUGUUGAUCUAAGGGUGAAAGAGGAAUAAUGAAAUCCAUUUGAAUUCCAAUGGAAUGUCUGGGAUUUGUUUAGGGCAGAUAUAUAUUGAGAUUUUAGAAGAGCUUUGGGAAUGGGAGGGAGGGGGCUGAAGGGUUUGUGGAGUGUGUGCGUGUGUACAUGUCUGUGUGUGUGUACAGGUGGAUGCCAUUCAAUUAAGGUGCAAAGUCAUUUAUAUGCAUAUCUAAGCUUGUUAAUGCUGUAGCUCAGGGGUGUCAAACUCAUUCCACGGAGGGCCUAGUGUCUGCAGGUUUUUGGUUUUUCCUUUCAAUAAAGCCCUAGACAACCAGGUGUGGGGAGUUCCUAAC